UGCGAAGUCCUCGGGAAGAACGAGUCUGUCCUGCGCGCGCGCGCGGUCGUGGCCUUUCACGGGGGUAACUUCCGCGAGCUCUACCAAAUACUAGAGAACCACAAAUUCACGAAGGACUCACACGCGAAGCUGCAGGUGCUCUGGCUGGAGGCGCACUACCAGGAGGCUGAGAAACUCCGUGGGCGUCCGUUAGGACCCGUGGACAAGUACCGCGUCCGAAAGAAGUUUCCACUGCCUCGGACGAUAUGGGACGGCGAACAGAAAACGCACUGCUUCAAGGAGAGGACGCGGCAUCUGUUGAGAGAGUGGUACCUCCAGGACCCUUACCCGAACCCGAGCAAAAAAAGAGAGCUGGCGCAGGCGACUGGACUCACGCCCACACAAGUGGGCAACUGGUUUAAAAACCGGAGGCAGAGAGACCGGGCGGCAGCAGCCAAGAACAG